AUGAAGGUGUCCACUUUAUUAUUGAUCGCUAGUCUAGCAGUUACUCAGGCAGCAUGGCUGCAUUUGCCAAGAGCUGCAAUUCGCCUCAGCAAAAAGUUUGUUGGAAUGGAAGAACUGCCAAUUCCAGAGCUUUUGAGACAAAAUAAUAUUGAGAAAGAGUCAGCUGAGGAAAUCGACGAUAAAUACGUGAAUUUGAGAAAUAAAAAGUUUGAAAUUGCCGACGAUAAAAUCGACAUGAGAAAUAUGAGAUUGCCUGAUCCAUACGAGAACAGCAAACCGGCUGAAAUGGAGCAAAUCAGUUACCCAAACAUGCUUGAGAACGAGUUUGUUCAAUCACGAAUCUACACUUUUGAGAAAAUUGAAGAAGACGACACCGUUGUGGAAAUCGUCGAUUCUCGUCACGAGAGAACAAUCGAUCUUGAGCCUGUUCGAAACGCGAAGCUUGAAAAUGGUUAUUUCGAUUCAUCUGAAGAGUCGUCGGAAUCAGAAUCAGAAUCAUCUGAGAAUGAAUCUGAAGAAGAAUGGGAUGACGCACGUCCAUUUCUCAAAUGCGGUUGUUUGAAGAAAAGCGGAAAAAAAUUCGAAUCCAAAUCCUCACCACGAGAAUGGGAAAUGGAAUCAUUUAGCACUGCUGAUCUGCCGGCCAGUUGGGAUUGGAGAAACGUGAAUGGAGUUAACUACUGUAGUCCAACAAGAAACCAACACAUCCCGGUGUACUGCGGAUCUUGUUGGGUGUUCGGAACGACAGGAGCUCUCAAUGACAGAUUCAAUAUUGCCAGAAAAGGACGAUGGCCGAUGACGCAACUCUCGCCUCAGGAGAUUAUUGAUUGCAAUGGAAAAGGAAAUUGUCAAGGAGGAGAAGUCGGAAAUGUUCUCGAACAUGCCAAAAUAAACGGUCUUGUCGAGGAAGGCUGCAACGUCUACCGUGCGACAAACGGCGAAUGCAAUCCAUUCAGAAGAUGCGGAUCAUGCUGGCCGAACGAAUGCUUCUCACUCACUAACUAUACUAGAUAUUACGUCAAAGAUUAUGGACAAGUCAAAGGCCGGGAAAAUAUUAUGGCAGAAAUUAAAAAAGGAGGACCAUUGGCCUGCUCAAUUGGAGCCACCAAAAAAUUUGAAUACGAAUAUGUGAAAGGAGUGUACUACGAGAAAAGCGAACUUGAACCAAAUCAUAUAAUUUCUUUGACUGGAUGGGGAGUUGACGAAAACGGCACUGAAUACUGGAUCGCGAGAAACAGCUGGGGAGAAGCUUGGGGAGAAAUGGGUUGGUUCCGUGUGGUUACAUCUAAAUUCCAAAAUGGCGAAGGCGACAAAUACAAUAUGGGAAUUGAAAAAGAUUGCUACUUUGCUGAUGUCGAUGUCUCAAAUCUCAAUUAA